CUUCCGAGUCCCGCGUCCACGACUCGUGUUCCCCGCGAGCGGAUUCCGAGUGGACGCCGCGCGAGCUACGAGCGCCUCGCGGCCCGGCUAAUCGCGGGAACGCUCGAGCUACGAGCGCCUCGAGUGUCGCGAGCGCCGAGUUUUCCGAGGUCCAAGUGCGAGAUCCGUCGUGUCCAAAGCGUCGCGGUCGAUUGUUCGGUUGGUUGUUCCGUAACCUGCAGCUAGUGGUGCGUCGUUCCACGGAUACGAGGGCCGGGUCGAGACGGCAGCCAUGGGAACGGUCGCCGAGGAUGGUGCGCGAAAUGACACGCGGCGAACCUGCCGUUUCGUACUCUGAGGCGACGCGCGGCCGGAAGUACCAGGCUACGCGCAGGAGGAUACUCCACCAGUGAGACUCUCGACCAGUUGUCCCGUUGGCUGAUGCCGACGGUGGUUGCAGUUGACGCAGAAUCGAGGAAAAGGUAUCGAAGAGGGAUCGACGCAGCGGCCCGGUGGUCCCGGUUUCACCGGGGACCGUGAGAAUCCGCGGUGCCCCAGGAAAUUUUCGACGGCGAGCGGCGCUUGUAAGACACGCACGAAAAUGUUGGGUCGCGACAUCGAACACGGAACAGACGGCUCGAGGGACCGGCGCGAACGGUUUGCAUCGAGAGAUUAAAGAACAUCGAAUGGACGUGGGCGAUUUGUCGAGCUCGGCAGGAUUGGCUGGGAGCGGAUCCAUCCCUGUAGCAACGGGUGUUGGUGUCAUUACAAGUACGACAUCCGCCACCGCAGGGUGGUGGACGCCUACGUCGACGAUCGCCACGGCAGCGGCCAACACCGACGUGAUGAAUCAGCUCUGCAGGGUCUGCGGAGAGCCGGCCGCGGGUUUUCACUUCGGGGCCUUCACGUGCGAAGGUUGCAAGUCGUUCUUCGGGCGCACCUACAACAAUCUAGGCAGCAUCUCCGAAUGCAAGAACGGCGGCGUGUGCGUGAUCAACAAGAAGAACCGCACCGCGUGCAAGGCCUGCCGGCUGAGGAAGUGUCUGAUGGUGGGUAUGUCGAAGUCGGGCUCCCGCUACGGACGCCGCUCGAACUGGUUCAAAAUCCACUGCCUCCUCCAGGAACAGUCCCACCAGGCGCAAACGCGCCUCAUCAAGGACCCAAAAUCCGCGUACGAGAAGGCGUUCGGCUCGCUGGACGUGGCGAACAAUAACAACAAUAAUAACGAGAACCCGGGCACCACGAGCGCCACCAGCGUGGUCGGUAUAGUCACCACGACCACCACCACGGCGAAUAGUUACCAUCACCAUCACCAUCAGCAUCAGCACCAUCAGGACAGGUACCCGAAAAGGGACGACCUGAGGCCACAGGAUAUCCCUGCACAGCUAAGGGCGCCAGAUAUCCCAACCAGAGCGAGUCAGGAUCCUCUUCUGAGGCCAGUGGACCUGGUCAGGGCACCUCACGAGUUGCUCAGGCCGGAAGUGUCCAGGUUCCCCAUGUGGAGAGGUCCACCGUUCUUCCACCCUGCUCUGACUCACAUGCAGCUGCUGAACGCUCCCUUCUUUCCGUUCCAACAGCGAUUCAUAGUCCCUUACGUGAACCAGACCGGCACGCCGCAAAUGGUCACCAGCCUGACGAGUUCCUCCAGUGACAGCGUCAGUCCCAGAUCCACUCCGUCGCCCAAGAGGGACGACGACAACAGGAGCGCGCGCGACGAGUGCAGGGAGGCUGACAGAGGGUGUCAGAGGAGUCAAAUGGAGGCGUACGACAAGAGUCUGGCGUUCCUACGCUCCUUAGGCCCGGAACAGGAGGAACCGAUCGAUUUGAGUACGAAGGCUGGCCGGACGGAGGGGCAGGAGGUGGAGGCGACUGGUAGCACAGAAGAGGAAAGGUCGACGGACAGCGAGGACAACGAGCUGCUACAGGACACGGGGCCGCCCCUCGAUCUCACUAGAAAGACGUGACCCCGCACGGCCAGCUCGCGGACAGCUUUCGAUAGGAACUGGACUGGUCGGUGUUGAAUCGUCGCUCGAAGGCGUUGCUCGGAGUGCCAGCCUCCUCCGUGCACGGACACUCGUAUUGUUCCCCUUUCACGGGGACGAGGAGAUGACUUACGACGUCUGUUGCAGCGUUUGCUGGGAGACGGUGAUCCUGGCUAGAGACGAAGGUGAAGGGAAAACGCUCUUCGUCCUUUUAGAGGACGAAGCAAAAGUUGGAGAUUCGAACGAGGCAAGGCGAAAAUUAUGCCGAAGACGAUAGCAAGAGACAUGCACGCGAUGAGGAAUGACAGCGAGGAAGAGAUGGAAGAGCGAAGCAAUGGAUGGACAGUGACGUAGGAAGUACG